AUGGCCGAAGAGUUGGAAAUCGAGUCGCAAAAGGAAGAUGAUCCAUUCUUGGUUAAGUUUGAUGGAACAGACGACAAGGAAGACGCUUCCAGAUUAUCCCGAUUGCACAAGUGGUCUAUUGUCGGUAUAAUAUCCUUUGGUUCCUUAUGUGUGACAUGCAUAUCGUCCUCGUGGUCAUUGGCAUCACCUCAAAUCAUGAAGCAUUUUCAUAUCAGCCAUGAAGUAAGCACACUAGGUAUAUCGUUGUAUAUCUGGGGAUUAGGAACCGGUGGGAUCUUCUUGUCACCUAUAAGCGAGUUCCAUGGAAGAAGAUUGGUGUAUAUAUUUGGGAUCUUAAUCACCAUCUUGUUUGAAUUGGUGACCACAUUCAGUGAUAACAUUGGUGCCAUGUUGUUUGGAAGAUUCAUGAGUGGGUUUGCCGGGCUGAGUUUCAUGAGUGUUGCCUCAGGGUCUUUUGCUGAUUUGUUCAAGGCCAACAAGGCUCAUGAUGGGAAAAAAGAUGCCAAUAAGGAAUUGGCUCUUGCUAUGGUGUUGUAUUCUGUGUCUCCAUUUGUUGGCCCAGGUUUAGGACCGUUGAUUUCUGGGUUCAUAAACAGUUCCAUGAACUUCAUAUGGACAUUUAUUGUGUUGCUACUUUGGUCCGCAUUAUUGUUAAUAUUGGUCAUCUUCUUUGUUCCCGAAACCUAUGAACCAAUCAACUUAAAGAGAAAAGCCAAGCGAUUGAGAAAACAAACCGGCGAUGAUAGAUACUACGCACCUAUUGAUAAAACAGAAAUCACAUUAUACCAUAGUGUAGUGAUAUCGUCCAAAAGACCAAUCUUGUUAAUAUUCCGAGACAAUAUGACCAUGGUGUUGUGUUUCUACACGGGGUUCACUUUGGCUGUGGUGUACAUGUUUUUUGUGGCAUUUCCAUUUAUUUUCCAAACUGUGUACAAUUUCUCGUUAAGCGAACAAGGUAUGUCGUUCUUGGGGUUGGUGGUGGGUAUGAUUCUGACGUGUCUCAUCUCGCCGUACUUUAUUGAUAAAUUGUAUUUGAAACUACUCCAUCGAAACAACGGGGUGUCCAAACCCGAAUUUAGGUUCAUCCCACUUAUGAUUGGAGUUUUUAUUGUUCCUAUUGGGUUAUUCAUAAUUGCGUGGACCGCAUACCCCAGUGUCCAUUGGAUUGCACCCAUUAUCGGGUCAGCCGUGUACGGAUGUGGUACUAUCCUCGUGUUUAAUGGAAUAUUCGCAUACACAGUUGAGGCAUACAGGUUAUACGCUGCAUCGGCCAUGGCCACCAAUUCAUUCAUCAGAUCCAUCAUGUCGGGUGUGUUCCCGUUGUUUGGAUUGCAAAUGUAUAAAGCCAUGGGUAUUCAUUGGGCCACGACGUUGUUGGCCUUGUUUGCUGUGGUAUUGAUACCUAUCCCAUUUUUAUUUUUCAAAUAUGGGGAAUAUUUAAGAAGCAAAAGUCCAUAUGCUUGGAGUACAGAUUAA